AUGGCUGAAGGGCUCGUAGAAGCUGGUGGCAAGGUGUACUGUCUCGACCGGCUGCCAGAGCCUCCCCAAGUGUUCCAAGAAGCCCAGACACGGCUCAAGAGCAAUCACGGUGCCAGUCUGGAGUACCAUAACGUGGAUGUGACGCACGAGGAGGCGAUGCGGAAGUGCAUCGGGGAUAUUGCAUCGAGGCAUCAACGGCUCGAUGGCCUUAUCGCAGCCGCCGGCAUCCAGCAAGUAACGCCGGCUAUCGAGUUCCAGAAGAAAGACAUUCAAAAAAUGUUAGACGUCAACUACACUGGCGUGUUCCUAGCAGCACGGGAAUGCGCCCGUCAGAUGAUGCAAUACAAGAUCCAGGGAUCGAUCUGCCUCGUCGCAAGCAUGAGCGGAACCAUCGCCAACCGCGGUUUCAUCGCACCUGUCUACAACUCGUCCAAGGCAGCGGUGGUACAACUAGCACGGAACCUAGCCAUGGAGUGGGGAAGGAAGAACCCAGACGGCUCAGGUGGUAUUCGAGUCAAUUCUUUGAGCCCCGGUCACAUCGUUACGCCGAUGGUGCAGGCCAACUUCGACAAGGGCGAGGCGAAUCGCGAGGAAUGGGAGAAUAACAGUAUGCUGGGUCGGCUCAGCACGCCGGAAGAGUACAAGGCUGCGGGCUUGUUCAUGUUAAGCAAGGCAAGCAGCUACAUGACUGGGCAUGAUCUGAAGCUAGAUGGUGGUACUACCGCGUGGUAA